AUGGCGUCCUCCCCGAGGUUGCGUCGGCUGCUGGGGAGGAUCGAGGCUGCUGGGGAGGAGCUGGACUCAGACAAGCUCAACCCACAGGCAGGUCAGGAAGCAGCGACUCUCAUGCACGAGGCGUACAAGGAGCUGCUAGCCGAGUACGACAGGGUACAUGCAGCACUUGAGCAGGCGGAGGGGAAAGUCAGCGAGCAGAGCAGGUACAUCUCAAGGAACCUGUCCCCUACCUCCAGCGCCCCCUCCUCUGCCAUCCACACCCCUCGACUCCCCUCCGCGAGAGGAGGAGCGUCCCCGGAUGGCUCCGUGCAUGGGCAGGACUAUGCGGCGAGGCUCAACGAAAUGAUCGAGAGGUUGAGGUUCGACCUGGACGCGACCGCCAAGGAGCGAGACACGUACAAGAGCCAGCUGACACGAGCUGAGAUGGAAGUCACCCUCCUCCUCGACAAGUUGAACUUGACCAAGGAGCAGUGGAGGGAGCUGAACCCAACAGUCUCCGGCAUCACGACUCAGGUGUCCUUGCUGGAGGAGCAGCUGGCGACGGCUCUGCAACAUGUUAAGAAGCAGGAAGAGAAGAUUGAGGCUCUGCAGGAAGAGCUGCGGUCAAAGGACGCGAUGCUGCUCUCUCAGAAUAGCACGAUUCUGAGCCAACGAGAUACCAUCCGACUUGAAGAGGCCGGAGACGUCGGGGCGGUGGUGCGAGCUCUUAAGAGCAAGGUCCAUGAGCUGGAAUCUGACUGUCAGAGCAAGGAUUUUGUGAUGAAGAGGAGUAUGAAAGAGUUGAACUCACAGACACUGAGGGUGAAGAUGCUGGAGCACGAGCUAGAGCGGCAGCAGAGCGAGUGGAAGCAGGAGAAGGAGAGGCUGGAGAAGGAGCGACAAAGGCAGCAGCAGGAGCGGAUGAACGCUGAGCAUGACCGAGAGCACCUGCUUGUUGUCAACGAGGCACUUCGCGCAGCUGUAAAGUCGAUGGAGGAAGGAAGCUACUUGAACCCGGACGGGUUGACGGUCGGGCAAGUGAGCAGGGGGGAGGCGUCGAUGACUUACCAUGUGGGGUUGACAUACGACGAGGGAGGAGGAAGAGACUCGAGCGGCGAUGACGGCAUGGGCGGGAUGAGGGAGGUGGAGAAUGGCAAGUGUCUGAGCCCCGACGGUCAUCUUGUCUUCAAGUCCUCCUCCCCCCCGACGUCGCAGAUUUCCGUCCUGAGCAAUGGAACGAGCGAGCAUGAGCGUCGAACUGUCUCGUUGGAUUCAAGUCGACGGUCCGAGGGGAAGUCAAGAGGAGGAGACUUCUGGGUCACCUGCCUUAGGAUGAUGUUUGCAAGUGAAAUCCUUCAUCAGAAAGACAACCUUGCCUCCAAAGGAAACGAUCAUUAUCACCGUCAUGUUCUCAUGUCCACAUGUAUCGACGACAUCAACCUCCUGUCUUCCAUGGCGAACAGCAACGACGUUGCGCACGUCAGGGACCAGAUCGCCUCCAUCAUGUUCGUCAAGGAUUGCAACUUCUCCAUCGUCGACUUCCUCAAGUGCAACGACAGUAAAGGCAUCAUCUGUAUUAUACAGCUCAACGAGGACAUCCCGAAGAACCAGCUCGAGCGCUUCCUGUCCUCCAGGAGCUUCGCCAGGCUCUGGGAGAGCAACUCUGCCGCCCACUUCGCGUGCUCGCACGAAGUCUGCAAGGAGUCGGUCCUGACGGGCUGGACGAUGGAUCAGCUGACAUCGUCAUGCUCGACGAUCUUGAACGUCUGCGAGCAUGCGAUCAUGGCUGGGCUGCGCCAUGCAGAGAGCCAGAGGGACGGGAGUAGGCAACAGGAGCAGCAGAGGAAGGAGGAGAGGAGGGAAAGGAACGGUCAGCGUGUGCAGCUCUCGCUAUCCUCGGAGGCUGUGUUCGAGCUCAUGUUCGACCUCCAGCGUCUCCUUCCAGCAGUCGACGAGCUCCACAUCGACCUCUCGCUGGUACUGAGCGGGUUUGACAAGGUCAUGAGGGCGAACGAGAGUCUGCGCGAGAGGGUGAGGGAGAUGGAAGAGGCGUCGGGAGAGGAGGAGGAGGCGAGGAGAAGCUUGCAGACGCAGCUGUCCAUGGAGAGGAGCGCAAGGAUAAAGCAAGACCAUAUCGAGUACAUGUCGAGGGAAUGCAGCUUGAACUGCAUGCAGUCGUUGCAGUCGGUGUCGAACGAGCUGUUCUCGCUCGCAACACUGUGGGAGGAGUGGGAGAAGAAGCAAUUAGCUCGUCAACAACUUGGGCAGCAGUUGGUGCAGGAGAAAUAUCAAGACAGCAGGCAAGACAAGGCUCAUCGAGAGCAGCUGGAGGCGGUUUCCCUUCAGUGCGCACGAACGAUCGAGGAGUAUGAGAAGGAGAUGUUGAUGUUGAGGAGAAGUCUUCAGACUGCGAAAGAGAAUCACAAGGAGGAGAUUGAACAACUCAACUUACAUUGUAAGCAAGCCUGGGAAGGACAAACUCAAGUAAGUCUGAUGAAUGGAGAUGAUGUGAUUGCUAAAAAUGAUUGA